AUAACAAACUCCAUUCACUUCCUCCUCCAUUUUUAUCCUGCAUCAAUUUGGUGAACAUUUUCAUAUAAUUUUUUCUAAUUCAAAGAUUUCCACUGAAACUUUUCUUUUUAUUCGGAAUAUAUUUUUAUUAUGGCUAUGAGCAUGUCACACCAGAUCGGUGCAACGCCAUUAACGUUGGAGACCGGUGGAGUUUCCGUUGAAAUUCCGGCGAAAGGGAGUACUGCUACAUCACCAAUAUGGAGAUCACCGAUGGCGAAUUUACGCGUAUCGGUAAAGAAAACUGGAGCUGAAAUGGAUAGAGUUUCGCCAACGCCGUCGCCGCCGAUGAGUCCGAUGUUAGGUGGAGGAGGAAUACGCCCGGAUUUAUCGGUAGAUUCAUUAAACAUUGUAGCUUGUCAAGCUCUAAUGGAAGCGGCACCGUUAGAAGCUCCCUUAGAGCAUAAGAUGAGGAAUUUGCCGGAGAAAGAGAAAGGAGUACCGGUGUUUGUUAUGAUGCCCUUAGAUAGUGUGAAAAUGGAUCAUACAGUGAAUCGUAGGAAGGCGAUGAAUGCGAGUUUACAGGCGUUGAAGAGUGCUGGUGUGGAAGGGAUAAUGAUGGAUGUGUGGUGGGGUUUGGUUGAGAGAGAUGCACCAGGUGAGUAUAAUUGGGGUGGUUAUGUUGAGCUUAUGGAAAUGGCGAAAAAGCAUGGAUUGAAAGUUCAAGCUGUGAUGUCCUUCCAUCAAUGCGGAGGAAAUGUCGGUGAUUCCUGCACGAUCCCUCUGCCAAGAUGGGUUAUUGAGGAGAUGGAGAAGGAUCCAGACCUUGCAUACACGGAUCAGUGGGGAAGGAGAAACUUUGAAUAUGUAUCGCUUGGUUGUGACACGCUUCCAGUUCUUAAAGGGAGGACUCCCGUCCAAUGCUAUUCUGAUUUUAUGAGAGGGUUUAGAGAGAGAUUUGAGAGCUUCCUAGGUGACACCAUUGUGGAAAUUCAAGUCGGGAUGGGUCCAGCUGGAGAACUUCGUUAUCCAUCCUACCCUGAACAAGAUGGGACAUGGAAAUUCCCUGGAAUUGGUGCUUUUCAGUGUUAUGACAAGUACAUGAUCAGCAGCUUAAAGGCUGCAGCAGAAGUUUUUGGCAAGCCGGAAUGGGGACACACCGGUCCAACAGAUGCCGGUAGCUACAACAAUUGGCCAGAGGACACCAACUUUUUCAAGAGGGAAGGUGGUGGAUGGGAUGGUGAAUAUGGGGAGUUUUUCCUCACUUGGUAUUCUCAAAUGCUUUUGGACCAUGGCGAGAGGAUCCUACAAUCAGCCAACGCAGUAUUCGAGGACAAGGGCGUUAAAAUUUCAGUCAAGAUCGCUGGCAUUCACUGGCACUAUGGAACAAGGUCUCAUGCCCCUGAGCUGACUGCUGGGUACUACAACACCCGCUUCCGUGAUGGUUACCUUCCCAUCGCCCAGAUGCUUGCCCGCCACGGUGCAAUUUUCAACUUCACAUGUAUUGAAAUGCGAGACCACGAACAACCACAAGACGCACAAUGUGCACCUGAGAAGUUGGUUAGGCAAGUGGCAUUAGCGACUCAGAAAGCUCAAGUUCCACUUGCCGGGGAGAAUGCAUUGCCACGAUACGAUGAUUAUGCACAUGAACAGAUCCUUCAAGCAUCCUCACUGAAUAUCGACAAUAAAUCAGGUGAUAGAGAGAUGUGUGCCUUUACAUAUUUGAGGAUGAAUCCUGACCUAUUCCAUCCUGAUAAUUGGAGGCGAUUCGUUGCCUUUGUGAAGAAAAUGAAAGAAGGAAAAGACGCCAACCAGUGUCGCGAACAAGUAGAGAGGGAGGCAGAGCAUUUCGUGCAUAUAACUCAGCCGUUAGUGCAAGAAGCUGCAGUAGCCCUCAUGCACUAAGCAUGAAGUCUGUAAAAACUUAUGCAAUAAGUAGAUGCAAUAUACUGUCAUUGAUCCUUCUAGCAUGGAGUUUUUUCAACAUGUUACUGGGAUCUUAACUCGCUAUCGUUCUUCUAUGUUUGUAAAACCGAUCAUCGGGUAUUUUUUCAAAGUUAGAUAUUAUGUCUUAUGAAAUGAUACAUAAUUCAGUACUAAA